AUGGGAGAGGCACGUUCAGGCUCGGGCUUGUGGCUCACAGAGGGCGGAAUGACAUCUUGGUGGUUGAUGGAAUACAACAUUGAGAUCGCGAAGCAGCGGCUCUUCAAGACGAUCCAGAACGGCUUGGAUAACGAAAUGGCCGGGGCCCAGCUUCUAGGUUACGAAGUUGCCAAGCGCAUGGAUGGUGGAACCCCAGGUGACAAUCUGACGCAGGCCAUCAAGGAGUUCGAGAAACUGCUUGGGAUGACGAUGGGGAUCUACAGCCAUUUGGAGAUGUUCGAUACCGGCAACAGCAGGUUCGCUCCAGACAAAGCCAGGCGUGAAACCACGGUGGUCAUCCAGGGCAUCCUUGACACCUUGGCCAAGCACUGGAGGAAGGCAUUGGGAAACAACCUGCACCAGCGAGACAACUGCUCCUUCAUCCUGCAGACCUUGGAGGCGAUCCAUGAGAAAGCAGAGUCAUGUGGUUGCUCCUUUGACUUCCAGCCCACUAUCACCCGAGGGUCCAAGCGGCGCCGAGCGAUGCUUCGCGGCUCCUGGAAAGCAUGGGCCGAGCUGAAUGCUGGGUGA